GUGUGGCAGAUAUUUGUGGGCACCAAGGCGAGGAGGCGAGCAGGGCUGUACGAUGCACUGCUGGAGGAGGCACACCGAGAGGACGACCUGUGCCCCAACAGCACCCUCGCUGACAUCUACGCCCGCAUUCGUGCCAAAGACGUGCACAACUCGUGGGCCGUGCAGAUUGAAAAGGACCUUCCGCGCACCUUCCCCGGCCAUCCAGCGCUGGACUCCAUUGGGCGAGACUCGCUGCGCCGCCUGCUGACGGCGUAUGCGCGGAAGAACAAGGACGUGGGGUACUGCCAGGGCAUGAACUUCCUCGGAGGGCUGCUGCUUCUGCUCAUGCCAGAAGAAAACGCCUUCUGGACCCUGACAGGGAUUGUGGAUGAAUAUUUGAAGGGCUACUACUCUCACAACAUGAUCGAAGCUCAGGUGGACCAGCUGGUGUUUGAAGACCUCGUGAGGCAAAACUUCCCUCGACUUGCAACGCACUUUGAGAACAUGGGGGUGCAGCUGUCGUGGAUCACAGGCCCCUGGUUCCUCUCCCUCUUCAUCAACGUGUUUCCAUGGGAGAGCGUGCUGCGUGUGUGGGACGUGAUGCUGUUUGAGGGCAGUCGCUGCAUGCUCUUCCGGGCGUGCCUCGCGCUUCUCGAGCAGCACUCCUUCCUACUGAUGGAAAUCACUGAGACGGGCGAGCUCAUGUCCACCCUGCUGAACUCGGCAGCGUCGGCCUUUGAUGCCAGUCAGCUGGUGCUGAACGCGUGUGUGGGGUACAUGGCUGUGGACGAGGCGUUAUUGGAGACUCUAAGGCAGAAGCACCGGCCAGCCAUAAUGCGUCGAUUAGAGGAGAGGCAGGUGGCGCUGCAGCGCUACCAGAGCGGCAAGUCAGAGCGCCUCAAAGCGGAGGCUGCUGCAAUCUUCGAGCGCAUGUCCCUCCACCCCACUGCUGACGGCCGCCCCGUCACCACCAACUCCCUUGACGACUCCAUCCUCCCCUCCCCUUCUGCUGUCGCUGCCUCUGGGUCGGGUCUCCUGCUGGAUCCGCCGUCGCUGCUCCUGCCACCGUCUACUGACAGCCUCGCUACUAACAGUCUUUUUAGUAAUAGCAAGAGCGGUAACAGUAGGAAUAGUCAACUGCCGCCUCUGCCCACCCAGGGGCGUCAGAAGGGGGCUUUUCAGGAAGGCUCCCAGGCAGUCCCAGCGGCCAAUCAGCUCCCGCCACCUGUCCAAUUUAAGCCUGGAGCGAGGCUGUUUGCCCUCCCUCCCAGCCCUCCACUUGCCCGGUCCUCCUCCCUCUCAAGGCUCCACGUGUCAGCUCUCCAUAGGCCCGUUUGGCACCGCUUUGGCAUGCACUUAGGGUGCAGCCCUGCUGCUAGGAACAUGGUGGCGCUUUUAGCUAAGCAAAUGGAGGAGGAGCACACGCAGCCCCGGGCACCGCCGAAGCUGUCGCUGCCGAACCGAGUGGCUCGGGCCGUGGCUGUGUUGCUGGAAGCAGCAGGGGAGGAUGGUGGGAGGGAGGUAAGGGAUGGGAGGGCGGAUGUGAAUGGUGGCCUGGAUAUGCCCAUGGAUGGAUCCUCUUGGCCUGAUGUGAAUGGAUGGCCGAUAACCACCACCACUGUCUCCUCCGUGUCUUCAGCAAGCAUGCUAGCAGGGAGACUAGCUGGGGCAGCAGGUUCGGUCUCCUUCUCCUCCGCCUCUCUCGCCUCUCUCGCCCCAUGGCCUGACCACCGCCGCUCCUCCUCCUCUCACGACCUUGCUGCUCUCAACCGCAGCCCCGCCUCUCCCCCCAUCCCGCUCCCUGCGAACGGUGUUAAUGGUGCCUCUGCUGAUGCUGGUGCUACUGGCGAUGAUGGUGGUGCUGGUGACGAGAAUUGCUUCAGAGAGGGAGCAGGUGCAGCAGCGGCGGUGGAACCAGGAGUGGCAGGGGGGGAAGCGGGAGCAGGGGGAGCAGGGGGGGCAGGGGGAGCAACAGCAGCUGUACCAUCAGCUGUUGCUGCAUGGCGCUGGUCCGGAUGGGGUCAGGCAGGGUCUCUGUUCGGUGGAGGAGGAGGAGGAGGAGGAGGAGGAGGAGGAGGAGGAGGAGGAGGAGGAGGAGGAGGAGGAGGAGGAGGAGGAGGAGGAGGAGGAGGAGGAGGAGGAGGAGGGGCAACACCCGCUGCUGCUGCCGCAUCUGCUGCAGAUGCAGCUGCAGGAGGGGCGGACGGGAUGGCGGGGGAAGGGGAGGGGCAGGUUGGGGACAGUGCAGAGCGGUUGAAGAGGGAUAUGAAUGCUAUGCUGGAUCUACAAGCUCAGGUUAGUGUGGCUUGCAGAGCAGAUGCACAGGUGGAUCCAGCAGGUGGAUUACUGGUGGGUUCCAGGGGAGGUGGGUUCCAGGGGAGGUGGGUUCCAGGGCAGGUGGCUUGGUUAAAGGAGCAGCUGGUGUUUACGCUGGAGAGCCACCACGAGUCACAGACGCGGGUGGAGGCUCUUCAAACAGCCAUGGUGGAAAUGGCUCAGAGAGACACACACAUGCAGCUCACAGUGAAGGUGGAGCAAAUGACCAACGAGGUGGAGGUGCUUCGGAGGGAGCUGUCGCAGCAGCAGCAGCGGGCAGCAGUGGUGCUCGAGCAAGCGGUCAUGGACAAGCAGAUUGAGAUGCAGCGGGAGCUGAAUGCGCUGCUGAGGGCAUUGGCGUCAAAGGAGGAGAAGAUGCGGCGGGAUGUGGAGGGGCUACAUGAUAGGGUGGAGGACAAGGAGAUGGAGAUAGAGCGACUCAAGCGGGUGAUUGGUCGUCUGGAGGGGGACAAGAGGGAGCAAGAGGAGAUGAUAGCAGUGGGCAGGCAGCAGGUGGAUACACACAAGCGCGUGAUUGAGAUGCUGGUGGAGAAGGGCCAGACGAUGCAGCAGCAGAUGGUGGCCAUGGAGAAGCGAGCACUCACAGCCGAGGG